GGUUCACGUAAUAGACGUUUAUUGGCGCUAACACAAUUUUUCACAGAUAGUAAUUGAAUUAGCGGAGAGCAGCGGAGGGAGGAGGGGCGACACACGACCCGCUGACAGGUAGACGAGCUGUGCGCUGUCCGCGGUGCUGAAAGCUCCUUCGGCUGCUGGUCACCGGAGAUGCGCGCCUCAGAUUAGACCGGAGUUUCACUAUCCUCCACCGGCUGAAGCUGUUCACGCUUCCUUCUAAGACAAUCCUCAAACAGACUUUUCUUGUGCUUUGAAAUACAAUCGCUGACUGGAUCUUAAGAUGGCACUGCGUGGAUUAACAUUGCGCAAGGCAAAAGCGGACUUAUUUGACUGCUGGUUAGUGACUGUGAAACCAGCCCUUUCAGACUGAACGUGUUCCUCGUCUUUCUCCAUUUUCUGCCCAUCUUUUUUAGGACAUCGAGACGUUUUCUGUUUAAAAGAAAGAGACGCGUUAUUUGGAUUAAUAUCUUAACAAUAUGCUAAUUAUUGGUGCACUUCCAUUUGUUAUAGUAUUAUAGAAUUUUUUGACGAUUAUUUGGAUAUGGAGCCAGGCAAGGAGAAAGCUCUCCCCACCUCUAAAGAGGGGUUAAAGCGAAUCGCAGGAAAGGCCCUCGGGAAUCUGUACAGGCGGCUGGAAAAGCGGCAGCAAACAGGUGAAGGGAUCGAGCUGACGGAGGAUGGCAGACCCAGGGAGGACCAGGAGCGCAAGACGCCCCUGUGCGACUGCACCUGCUUCGGGCUUCCGCGCAGAUAUAUCAUCGCCAUGCUGAGCGGUCUCGGUUUCUGCAUUUCCUUCGGUAUCCGGUGCAACUUGGGUGUGGCCAUCGUCAGCAUGGUCAACAACAGCACGAUCCAUCAGAACGGCAAGAUCAUCAUCAAAGAGAAAGCGAAAUUCAACUGGGACCCAGAGACUGUUGGGAUGAUUCAUGGAUCCUUCUUCUGGGGCUACAUAGUUACUCAGAUUCCAGGAGGAUAUAUCUCCUCCAGGCUGGCUGCAAACAGAGUUUUCGGGGCUGCCAUCGUGCUGACAUCCACCCUGAACAUGUUCAUUCCCUCCGCCGCCCGCGUGCACUACGGCUGUGUCAUCUUUGUGAGGAUAUUACAAGGCCUGGUGGAGGGAGUGACUUAUCCAGCCUGCCACGGGAUCUGGAGUAAAUGGGCCCCACCGCUGGAGAGGAGUCGCCUGGCAACCAUCUCCUUCUGUGGGUCCUACGCCGGCGCCGUGGUGGCCAUGCCUCUGGCCGGGAUCCUGGUCCAGUACACGGGCUGGUCCUCCGUGUUCUACGUGUAUGGGUCCUUUGGGAUAUUUUGGUACAUGUUCUGGAUCUUGGUCUCCUACGAGAGCCCGGCAGAGCACCCGACCAUCAGCGACGAGGAGCGCCGGUACAUCGAGGAGAGCAUCGGCGAGAGCGCCCAGCUGAUGGGCGCCAUGGAAAAAUUCAAGACCCCCUGGAGGAAGUUUUUUUCCUCCAUGCCUGUCUAUGCAAUCAUCGUGGCCAAUUUCUGCAGGAGCUGGACCUUUUACCUGCUCCUCAUCAGCCAGCCGGCAUACUUUGAAGAGGUGUUUGGCUUUGAAAUCAGCAAGGUCGGCAUGCUGUCCGCCCUCCCUCACCUGGUCAUGACCAUCAUCGUGCCCUUAGGAGGCCAAUUAGCAGACUACCUGCGCACCCACAACAUCAUGUCCACCACAACCGUCCGUAAAAUCAUGAACUGUGGAGGGUUUGGGAUGGAGGCCACUUUGUUGUUAGUGGUUGGCUAUUCCCACAGUAAGGGGAUGGCAAUCUCCUUCCUGGUCCUGGCCGUGGGUUUUAGCGGUUUCGCAAUAUCAGGUUUCAACGUCAACCACCUAGACAUCGCUCCUCGCUACGCCAGCAUCCUCAUGGGCAUCUCCAACGGCGUGGGCACCCUGUCAGGGAUGGUCUGUCCUCUCAUAGUGGGAGCGAUGACAAAGAAUAAGACCCGAGAGGAGUGGCAGCACGUCUUCCUCAUCGCCUCCCUGGUGCAUUACGGCGGCGUGGUGUUUUACGGCCUCUUCGCCUCCGGGGAGAAGCAGCCGUGGGCCGACCCCGAGGACACCAGCGAAGAGAAGUGCGGCUUCAUCGACGAGGACGAGCUGGCGGAGGAGACGGGCGACAUCACGCAGGGCUACGGCGCCAUGGGGGGUCCGGCCAAGAGCUACGGGGCCACGGCGCAGCUCAACGGGGGCUGGGUGCAGGACUGGGACAAGACGGAGGAGUACGUGCAGGAGCCGGCGGGGAAGAUGUACGCCGAGCGCGGCUACUCCUAAACCACACAGCUGUGGUGAGUCUGCCUCCGGAAACAGGCUCCACCCCCCCCCACAGAUUGCACAAAUAAGCAUCAUGUUAGAUAUUUAACCCAGUCAUGCGUGUUCCAGUAGAUGCAGUUGUUACUAGUUUCAAAAAGCCAAUGUAAAGAAAUAGCUAAUUGCAAUGCAGAACAAUCCUCGUUAGAUCCACACGCCCAUCGCGCCCAGGGCUUCACUAUGGUCACAAAGAAAGCUGCAGCACUUCUAGGCGUCUGAACCUCAUCACUCUACUUGAACAACGUGAGCCAGAUGACACUGCAGCGGCCGUCACGUGGGCUCUUCCUCCGAUUGCACUGAAACUAUAAGUGUUCUCCAAACAAGAUGCUAUUAUUUCUCAGAUGUGUUUUACGUACUGUACAUACCUGUAUACUGUUUCUGUGAGACUAUCGUGCAUUUUGGGUCGUUGAUCUGUGUUAACAUUGAUAUAAAAGGCCAUAUUUUUCAUGGACAGUACCUUUUCAGGGAGACGUCUGCUUGCAAAAAAGGUCUUCUUGAGCGAGGCCUGUACGACACUAUAAGACAAAAAUAGCGUGAGUGAAGUGGAGCUGUAGGGUUUUAGUGUGUGUUUGUUGCAUGAACUUGCUCAGUGUUGCAGAUGCAGCUGUCUCACGGUCCUCAUCCUGCCUCCCGCUUCCUGUCUUCUGCCAUUAUAGCCGACAAAGCGAACUUUGAUAAUCAGGUUCCCGGUCGCGACGUGAGACAAGUGGACGAGGUCUGGAGGGCGAGCGCUCAGACGAUAUUGUUUCUUGAUGUUUGGUGUGCACUGCAAUAACUCCUGUGUACCAGCCGCCACCCAUCAUAUUCUGUUUCGUGAUAUGCCACUGGCUUGCUGUGUCUGUAACUGUUUUGGAGUCACGUGAUGAUCAACAUUAAGGUGUGUGUUUUAACAAAUUGCUAGUGUCUGGAGAGUCCAGCUUUAGUGCCCAUGGUGCAGGACAUGUUGUUGCGUUUUGACAGCGAGGAAUGCAGUACUGUAUAUGAACAACCAGGUUUCGUGAUCGCUCGGUGUUUCUCGGUUGUUCUCAUUGUCACCAAAAGUACUUUAUGGACACUUUGAUAUUGUCACGUUUGAGUGGACCACAUGAAUUACUAGAUGGCUCUUCCACUUGACUUUUUUUGCUGUUUGAACCCUUUCUUUUUCUGCUGUCUGACAUUUGCAAGGAUGUUUAAAAUAUAUGAAUAUUUACGACUAUUUAAGAUGACCAAAAGAUGCUAUUAUGGCGUUGUGCCUGAAGUUUAUGUAAACAGAUAAAUGUGAUUUUAUGGCUUCUAAUAUUGUGUUCAAUGAAGAGGUGUUGAUGUCAAAAAGUGUUAUAAAAUGCUCAUAUCAUUUUAUAUAAAAGAAAACAACCCAAA